AUGGUCAAGGAGACGAAGCUUUACGAUGCACUGGGCAUUAAGCCCGAUGCGUCACAAGAUGAUAUCAAGAAGGGGUAUAGGAAACAAGCACUCAAGUGGCACCCCGACAAGAACAAGAACAAUGCAGAGGCGGCAGAGAAGUUCAAGGAGGUCUCUCAAGCAUAUGAGAUCCUCUCGGAUCCAGAAAAGCGCAAGACUUACGACCAAUAUGGACUUGAAUUCCUCCUCCGCGGAGGCGUGCCCAUGGAUACGGAAGGUGGUAACCCAUUUGCUGGCGGUGCUGGUGGCAUGCCUGGCGGCUUCCAGAGCUUCGGCUUUGGCGGUCCCGGCAGUGGUGGCACCUUCCGCUUUUCGACCAACGGCGGCACUGGCGGUUUCAGUUUCAGCAACCCGGAUUCCGUCUUUUCAGAUUUCUUCAGGCAGGCCGGUGGCGGCGGCGGCGGCGGCAUGGGUGGCUUCAACGCUGAAGACCUUGAAGACAUUCUCGGCGGCGGCGCUCGCUCCUCGAGGGGAGGUCCGCGCGUGCGGACUUCGUUUGGCGAUUCUGUGCCCGGUGGUGGUGCGAGGUCACAGAGGCAACCCACACCCGAGAUCACAACGGUCGAGCGUCCCCUGCCCGUGACGCUGGAGGAGAUGUACAAAGGCACGACCAAAAAGAUGAAGAUCAAGCGCAAGAUGUUUGACGACUCAGGAAAGCGUACCACGACUGACACGGUUCUCGAGGUCCCCAUCAAGCCUGGUUUGAAGAAGGGUAGCAAGAUCCGCUUCAAGGGGGUGGGCGACCAGGAGGAGGGUGGCCAGCAAGACCUGGUCUUUAUCGUGGAGGAGAAAAAACACGCGCUCUACACUCGUGAGGGUGAUGACGUCCUCCUUGAGGUCGACCUGGACCUCAAGGAGGCUCUGACGGGCUGGAAGCGCACAAUCACAACCAUCGACGGAAAACAGCUGCAAAUCGACAAGGCAGGGCCUACGCAGCCAGGUUCCCGCGAUACCUACCCUGGGCUCGGAAUGCCACUCUCCAAGAAGCCUGGCCAGAGGGGUAACUUUAUUGUUAAGUACAACGUGAAAUUCCCCACCUACUUGACACCCGAGCAGAAGUCAAAGCUGAAGGAGAUCUUAUGA